UGCCAGGCACCUCCCUUCCAGGCGUGUCCAUCACACUCAUUUCUGUUUUCCCUUGCCAUUUUGUGUGCUUUCCUUCUGCCGGUGUGUCCAACGGUCAAUCUCAACGGCUGUCCAUCUUCAUGUUCCACGGCAACCACGCGUGGCCGAAUUGCAAGUAGGCGGCACGUCGGUCCUCCAUCCCCGUUCAAUUGCGUGGCAUCUUCAGCGACCAUGUGGUAUUGAGAUAGUCCGCUGCAUGCAUGGAGACCAUACACGCCGACAGCCCUCUGGCCGCCUAUCUGGAAGGUGAAGGCACCUUCGAUUUCGACAACGACAGUCGCACGUCCGACGACAUUCGACCACCGCAUACGCCGGACCAGAACGACUCCUCCAGCGAGGCAGCCUUUGCGCCGACUGCGAAAGGCCCCAUAUUUCCACGUAUCCGCAUCCCGCAGCUCCAGUCUCCUCCGCAAGACAAGCAAUCCCCUAGGAGUGCGUUCACGCGAGCGCAUCAUGCCUGGUCCUCGGCAGUCAACUCGAGGCUGGGGGCUUCAGAUAACGCCAAAUUUCUCGAGCAUUUCCGUUACACCAUCGUAGCAUCGCAGCUGCUGAACGAGUAUUUGGAUCAUGGGUCAUUGGCACCGGCCACUGCAUUGGCCACUACUUUCGGUCUGCAAGGCUCGUCGAAAGAGGCCGCAAUUGCAGAGGAUACAGCCAACGUGGUUGGCGCACUUUCGGCGGCCGCUGUAGCCUUCGCUGUAGUCUACUUCAUCGACUGGCUACGUACUCGCCGAGUGAGCAGAAGCCGGGCAGCAUUACUACUAGGAGCUAUUGCAUUGGCCUUGUUUGCUGGCUAUGGGUACAUGCGUAGACAAUGGUUGGAGAGCUUGCGGCACGAGGCGGUCGAUGCCGCGACAGGAAUGACCACCAACUGGCAAGCUUUCGAGCUCUCAUCAAGUUCUUCUCUGUCCUUUAUCCAAGAAGUUGAGCUGGUCUCGAAGGGAUACAGGCUGAGCACGCCUCUGCCGCCUGCCUCACGAAUCGAAGAGACGGGGACGGCCAGACGAUGCGCCAAACUCCGUGUCGCCUUACACAAAGCAUACGCCACGACUAUCCCGGCAUCCAUCAAAGCUUACACCGCGCUGGCUGCAUUGAUUCGUGAAGAUGAUCUCGAAAAAUACUUCGAAGUUUAUGAUAUCAGUAGUCAAGACGCCAGGGAGUCAACCGGUCCAGAUGCACUUCGAGUUCUGGAGGAGGAUCCAGAAUCAUUGAAGUCGUUGCGAGUACUGAGCUACCGAGCUUGUGUCCUGCGUAGGAUAACGCUAUGUUCACUCAUGGCGCUGGGCGCUGAUGGCGGUAAGCUGGACUUCGCUCGUUGGCGCGCGGCGACGCACAUCAUGCGAGAGCUGAGCAAGGCAGUUGCUGGAUCAGCAGAGCGCAUACGCCUGAUUCUCAGCGAAAUGGAAUCAUUCAGUAUGGCCUCGCCCGCUUUGAAAGCUACCAACACUCCCCACAGAGAGCGCAUGCGAGGGCAGGUCCGCAAGAUCAGUGCUCUCGGCACUGGCAUUCGUGGUUUGCAGGCGAAGAUGCAGAUCCUGCGCGAGGAAACCAACAAAUCCAUCGAGCAGUCAGAAGAUCUCACCGAUCUUGGUCCCACGCUUAUGGCACAGUACGAUGCCAUCGGCACCGACCUGCGAGAACUGCUGGAAGCUUGGGAGGCUGGGAAGCAGUCGCUGCAGGCGAAUAUCUCACGCCAUGAGCGACGCAUAUCUAUGGCUUCGAGUGGACUUCGUUCGCCUGUGUCCAGCCUUGGGGGUCUGACAGCUGUCGACGAGAUCUCAGACGGCCCAGCCGAUGCUCUGAAAGUACUCAAUGGAGAAGGAAGCAAAAGUCAGCGCUCCAGUCUCAAUGCCACAUCGGACGAGGAAGAGAUGGUCUUCGAGGCAAUCGCCAUGCCUAGGCAACGCCAAAGCCUCGUUUCGCGUGAAGAGCGCAUCGCAAAGAUGAAUGAACAGCGCGCCAAGCAGCAAGAGCUGCGCGCGCAGCGUGAUGCAAACACAAGCAUGUUACGCGAGCUGGAGUCUGUCAUUAACCUGCGUCCCAAGAAAGCUUUGCCCAACGGUGCACAGCCUCCGAGGGUAACAUCACUUUGAUGCCUCCAGUCAAAAGCUCAAAUGGAUUGUUGCAGUGACCGAGGUCGGUGCUACACUAUUCAUCCAGCCAUAUAUGCAUUCGGGCAUAGACCUGAUGUGGCGACACAACAAUAACGGCCAAACACAGUCACAGAUACCCUGGGAUACGGACACACAGGACACCAAUUAUUGCCAAAUUAGCAAGGCGUUGGGCAUGAGAGGCGUUUGCAAGGCAUGGAAGGCGUUUCUUCAUACAUCAAUGACCCUCGAGGAAGUUUAUUUGCGUACAGAUUAUCUACAUACAAUUGAACAAAGCAACGAUCACAUCGCCGCAUCGAUGCAGCCGAUUCUGAAACGUCCAAGCAUUCUGUGGAGUGUCGGAAUGUGGUCCUUAGACCCGUGGAUGCGGAGCCUUGCAGCCAGCCGAAUUUCUGCCACAGAUAGACGCGACAUCGCACAUCGCACACG